GCCCAUCGAUGACUUAAAGAGGAACUUCGCAACACCACUACUUUCUUAUCUCAGGUAGCACAUUAUUGAAGCAAAGUUCAUAAGCCUUGAGCUUCUUCUCAUUUUAUCAUUAGCAGAAUCAAGAUGAGCACGAGUUCUACAUCAAUCUCAACCACCAAAAGGCUAGAAGGAAAGGUAGCUAUAAUUACUGGUGGAGCGAGUGGAAUAGGUGAGUCAAGUGCAAGACUGUUUGUUAAACAUGGAGCUAAGGUCAUUAUUGCAGAUAUCCAAGAUGAACUAGGUCACUCCCUUUGUAAAGUACUUGGAUCAGAUCAAGAAAUCAUCUCCUACAUCCAUUGUGAUGUCACAAGUGAUUCUGAUAUGCAAAAGGCUGUGGAUUUUGCAGUCUCGAAGUAUGGAAAGCUCGACAUCAUGUUCAGUAAUGCUGGAACUUCAUGCCCGAGUCCUAGCAUUUUAGCCACAGACAAUCAAGAUUUCAAAAGGGUAUUUGAUGUUAAUGUUUUUGGUGCUUUCUUAGCAGCCAAACAUGCUGCUAGGGUCAUGAUUCCUGCCAAAAGAGGAUGUAUUAUCUUCACCGCGAGCAAUCUUUCAGUCACGUGUUUUCAGAGUAUGCAUCCAUAUAUUGCAUCAAAACAUGCUGUGGUUGGCUUAGCUAAAAAUCUUUGUGUGGAGUUGGGACAGUAUGGGAUCAGGGUCAAUUGCGUCUCGCCAUUUGCAGUUGUGACACCAUUACUGAAGAAACACAUGGGAUUGAUGGAGAUGGAGAAGGAGAAGAUCCACGAAUUGAUUUCGAAAUCGGCUAACUUGAAAGGUGCAGUGCUGGAACCUGAAGAUGUAGCAGAGGCGGCUGUUUAUUUGGGAAGUGAUGAGUCUAAAUAUGUAAGCGGAUUGAAUCUCCUGGUUGAUGGAGGUUAUGUUGUUACCAAUCCCUCCUUUGAAAUUGCAAUGAAAACUUAAUUUCUUGAGUUGGUAUUCGGACAAAAAAAAGUAGAUUAGCACUUCACUGUCCGAAAGAGUUAAUCGUAUGUAAGCUUUCUUAAUCAGGAAUUGUCUGAUUGUUCUAUCUAUGAAGGUACUGUUUCUCCCACUA